AUGUCUGCAACAAAACAAAUUCAAAGAAGUAAAAUUGAAUCUUAUCAAAAAUUUGCAUUAUUCCUAAUGAGUGUCUUGUACAUCCAUAUCAAUGGUUUUGUUAUCCCAGACAAGAAGAAUGAUACUUCUAGCAGCAUGUUUUUCACAAUUACCCAUGACCGUAAUGGCGCCAUGAAGCAAUUCAGCUUCAGAGGAGCAGAUUGUGCCAAUAUUAAAAAGUCUUUCAAUAUGAAAAUAACUGGUGAGAAUGAAACACUUACAAUCAACUUAUAUAAGAAGCAUAUCUUCUCAAACGAAUUGAUUGGAACAUUAACAAUCCCAGUUUGUGAAAUUGAGGCCAAUACAAAGUCCUUAAACGUUCUUGAACUUACAAACAAGAACGAUAAAUCAGAAUCUCCAAUCCUUUUAAGAUGCGUAAUCCAUUUGUCAAGCGAUAAAUCCCUUGCUUACAAUUGCCCUAAGGCCUUGCCUAAGCUCCCACAGUAUGAUCUCAAUAAGUCACAGCAGCUUAAGUCCGAGAGAAUUGCCUUAACAGCAACAAUGAAUACUAGACUUUCAGGAUCACAACCUAUCUUCUUUUAA